CUGGCUCCAGGUUUGAUUUUAUUAAUAAGACCUUCUAAAAUUCGUGGUACAGAACUGAGCUGCUAAAUGAGCAUCCUGUAAGUACUUAGAGAAGUUGAACUCGUAGGCUCAUGCUCAUAAGUAAACUCAAACUGAAGUGUACUGUGGUCUUGGCUCACAGGUGUGAUCUUUCUGUCUACUUGGCAGUUUGCCUUGGAGGGCUUCUCUAGGCUAGUUAAGGUAAACAGCAGGUUGUCUGACUAUGCCUCCCCCUCUGCUGCUGAGUCAUUUCCAGAGCUCUGGCCUGUAGCCCAUUGAGUCAACUUUCCUGUCGAUUCCCUGGAAUCAUAGGAGUAGGAGAAGGAGAGAACUCAGCUUGAGGUUCUGGACAUGGGGGCAACUGGCCUGGUGGCAUUAGUUUUUCCCUCAGGAGCUACAGUGCUAAGAUCUACUCAGAAUGAGGAUUUCUUUUCAUUACUAAGGUUUGGGUACCAAUGCGAUGGGUCUCUGUGACUAUUCCCAGGAUUGUUUCUUCUUGCUUCAUCUUGCCAGGGUGUAAUGCUGGAUAGCACUACCAAACUCCAAACCAGUUUCCAGAAGUUUCGCUCUUGUCUCUUCUGGCUAGGUACUCCUUUUCCUGCGACUGGAGAGCAGUAGGGGAUGGGUAGGCAUGGGUUUCUGAUUCCUCUACCCCCCCCCCAAAAAAAAGAAACAAAAGAGGGGUAAAGAGAGAUAUGGAAGGGGAGAAUGAUGAUUUUUGAAGACUGCUGGGAAUGGGUAGGAAAGCAAGGAGAGACUAACCAGGACCAGCGAAUGAGGGAAGGAUUAAAAAAAUGUGUCUCAGAUGAAAACAAAAACCAGGCCUGAUGACCGGAAACAUGAGCUUGCCCGAAGAGUGGCCUCAGGAGAAAGGGACUGGAUUAGCAGCUGGGGUGGGGCAGUGUGACAUCUGCCAGGAAAUGACACUUUUGGUGUUGGUUUGGCUUAGCUGGGAGAGGCAGGACGACCAUCUCGGACAUCCCAAGGCAUGAAAUAAAAACUAAGAACAUUUCAAACGAGAGCUUGCCCCAAAGGCGGUAUAUAGGAGUUUAUUGGGAUUUACACAGCUUAUAUGGGAAAAUGAGGGGAACCAAGGCUGAGUUCCUAGAGCUUAUUAGACGUAAAUGUGUGUGUGUGUGUGUGUGUGUGUGUGUGUGUGUCCAGAAGAGGGAAGUCAACCCAGGCAGAAGGGGCAGUUUUAGAAAGGCAUAAGAUACUGAGUUCAAUUUCAUGUAAUUGUUGAAUGAAGUUUGGUAUGUUCUAUGGGAUGGUUAAGGCACAGUUGCUAUAAAAAUUAUUUGUUGGUUAUCCCAAACGCUUCUGAGUUGGGCACGUCAAGUUUCAUCUGGUGACCAUAACAGGGAUUGCAAAGGUCAAUGAUUGCAGAGGCUUGGAAGGCCACUUCUCACGGGAAGUGGGAUAGGAGGCAGAGUGGGGGCAGGGCAGCUGGGAACAACUGCGACAAUUCGGGGUGGCAGCUGACUAGCAUUCAGAGAUGGCCGGGGUGUCUAAUAUUCCACUGUUUUCAAAGAGAAUCGAAGUAUGUAGUUUUAAUGUGUGUGAUCCCAAUUUUGAAAGACGGCAAUUAUUGAAAGAAAAAACACUGUUGGUACCACAAGACGCAUAGGCCUGUGGUUUGCAAUCUCUGAUCUAAUCUGUGGACCGGGUGGGGCAGGUUUUACCCUCUCAACUAUGAAAUGAAGGUGAUCUGCAAGGCUAUGGGAGGCAGUAUUCGGUUGAGGGAAGGGACAGCAGCAGGGGAUUAUAUAACCCAUGCAAAAGCUAAGAUGUGGAGAUAGCUUCUCCAGCCAAACUCCACGGUCUUUGCCCAGAGCAUCAGCACCAAAAUGCCACACCCGACAUUCAUUGCUUGCAGCUCAGCAAAAGCUAAUGCCCUCAAGCCUUCUCGGGCCACUGAAACGCCAAUUGAAUUUCGAAGACUUUUAGUCAGAAAUUUGUGGGCAGAAACUUCCUGGGGUUGCUGAGAGCUUUUUGAAGCCUCUCAGCGUCGAUGCAAAGUGAGUGGGUGUGUCACAGAGACGCAAAGGGAGAGAGGUGUUUCCCUUGACUGUGGAAACUUUAUAAAGAGAACUCACCUUCUCUGGACCAGUCCGCGUCAGGAGUCCUGCCCUUCACACUUCCACGAGUCUCCGCAAGAUUGAGAGAAGACAAGCCUUCCCCAGGGCUGGGUGCCAUGCAGCAGCCCGUGAAUUAUCCGUGUCCCCAAAUUUAUUGGGUGGACAGCAGUGCCGCUUCUCCUUGGGCUCCUCCAGGGUCAGUUUUCCCCUGCCCAUCCUCUGUGCCUGGAAGACCAGACCAGAGGAGACCACCACCGCCACCUCCGUCACCACUACCACCUCCAUCACAACCACCACCACCACCCCCACCUCUGCCACCACUGCCCCCUCUAAAGAAGAGGAUUGACUACAACCCAGACCUAUGGCUACCCGUGGUAUUUUUCAUGGUUCUGGUGGCUUUGGUUGGAUUGGGGUUAGGAAUGUAUCAGCUCUUCCAUCUGCAGAAGGAGCUGGCAGAACUCCGUGAGUUCACCAACCAAAGCCUCAAAGCAUCAUCUUUUGAAAAGCAAAUGCAGAACCCCAGUUCACCCUCUGAAAAAAAAGAGCCGAGGUGUGUGGCCCAUUUAACAGGCAACCCCAACUCCAGGUCCGUCCUUUUGGAAUGGGAAGACACAUACGGAACUGCUCUGAUCUCUGGAGUGAAGUAUAAGAAAGGUGGCCUUGUGAUCAAUGACACUGGGUUGUACUUUGUAUAUUCCAAAGUAUACUUCCGGGGUCAUUCUUGCAACAAUCAGCCCCUAAACCACAAGGUCUUCAUGAGGAACUUUAAGUAUCCAGGGGAACUGGUGCUAAUGGAGGAGAAGAAGUUGAACUACUGCACUACUGGCCAGAUGUGGGCCCACAGCAGCUAUCUGGGGGCAGUAUUCAAUCUUACUAGGGCUGACCAUUUAUAUGUCAACGUAUCUCAACUCUCUCUGAUUAAUUUUGAGGAAUCUAAGACCUUUUUUGGCCUAUAUAAGCUUUAAGAGAAAAAGCACUUUAGAAUUAUGAUUAUUCCUUAUUAUGGACAUUGGGAAUAUUGCCUUGAGUGAGAGUCUUCUUAAGACCAAUUGAGGUUAAUUGAGACUAAAUGAGCCACAAAGACCUCAUGAUCACAAGGGUCAACAGGUCAGCUAUCCUUCAUUUCCCAGAGGUCCAUGGAGUGGUCCUUCAUGCCUCCAUCAUGAGACAGAUGGAAGGAGGACUGUGACUGAGGAACAUAAAGCUUUGGGCUGCCAUGUGGUGAUGCAGAGGCACAGAGAUGGAACUGUCUGAUGUUAAAAGGCCAAGAGCAUUUUAGCCAUUGAAGAGGACACUGUUAAACUCGCCUUUCAGGGUGGGUCUACUUGCUACCUCAGAGGAGAUCGUCUUUUAGACACACAGUUGUGAUCUGAAUAUACAAGGGAUGGGAAAGGGGGCCAGGUUUGACUGAUAAGCUAGAGACUGAAAGAGGCCAAUGUCCUAUUGGCAGCAUCUUUACUUUUAACCAGUGUUUUCUGAGCCAGCCUUUGAUGCUAACAGGGAACUAAGAGGGAUGUUUGUGGCACAAAUCACCCUCUACACAGCAUGUGUACCUCCAGUGCAAUGGUGUCUGUGUGUUUGUAUCUAUGAGAGAGAAGACAGACAGAUUCUAGUGAGUCAUAUAAAUAGAAUGUGAACAUUAUGAAGUACAUAUUAGAAAUAUGUAUUACACUUGAUGGUAGUAGAUAUCUGAAUGUUUCCUGGCAAUAAACUCUAAUAGUCUUCAAAAAUCUUUUAUUAUCAGCUACUAAUGCUGUAUUUCCUUUACUACAACCAGUAUUUAUAUAUUUUGUGCAUCUUAAUGAAGAAAAGACAAAUAAAAAUUAUAUUGUAGUAUAUAGAAAAGCGUUAAGGAUAUAGUGUCUGGAAGUCAGUGAGCUGUGCUUAUUGUUUCUUUUCUCCACGGCUUCCUCAUUCACAAUGACUUUGGAGCAUUCUGAGAAGAAUUUGCAAUGGUGAGUAGAGCUGUGUGACAAAUUCUCCCAUCUUUGUCCAUUUCUCUUUUUUUCUCUCUAGUUGCUUUCCUCUGGACCUCGCAUUACCCUGAGUUUUGUUUACCAACAUUAUGGCCAUUGUUAAGGUGACCCAAAUAUCCACAUAUUUGAUGGCAACUCUUUUUUGGGGCCAGAGCCAUGGCAAAGUGGGAAGGGCACAUGCUUUGCAGUAAAAAGCCUGGAGUUGAUUUUUGUUGUUUUUGUUCUUAGCUCACUUUGCAGUCUGAUAGAUCACUUACCUUCUGAUGUGCAGGAAAGAGUUGGUAUGUGUGUAAUACUAGUGCAAGCUCUUUAAUAGAUCGUGUGUAUGUUUAAUAGAACUUUGUAUAGAUGAUUCAAUGGGGGUUUGAAGCCACAGUUAGGAGGAAAAGUUGAAAACUGAAACACACCCCAAUGCCUAACACUAGAUACAAGAAAGAUAUUUCUAGGAAUUAAAUAGGGGAGGGAGAAGGGAAAGUGCCAAGUCAACAGAGCCUGCUCUGUCAUUUAAAAGAAUCAACAAAUGCUUCCUAAAUAAACCAGGGAUAAAAACCAAAGUCUCAGGUUGGAAAGCAUCAACUUCUCAUCUUCAGGCUCUUCUGUCUCACAUCUGUUUUGGAUGGGUUGGUUCCUUCAUGGAGAAUGUCUGGGAGGUAUUUGGUCUUUUGUUUGUAGAUUUGUCUUUCCAGUCAUAUUUCCAGUCAUUUCUUCUCAUAUCCAUCUCUCAAAGGUGCCUUUGGGUUAUAUUAGGAGCUCACUGUACUUUAAGUGUUCUGAUUCUUGGCCUUUUGGUGAAGAUCAAGCAUAGUAUUAAUCCCAGUGAAGAGAUGCCGACAAUACCUUUAGAAACUUUAAGUUGUUUUUCUUUAAUUUAAAACACAAGUAAUGUUAAAACCCAAACAAUUCUGAAUGUAUUCAUUGAAAAUUGGAUCCCCCCUUGUUUCUUAACGGAAGAUGAUUAAACACAAAGUUCAACACAGACCUACACAGAAAAGUCACUUCUAGUUCAAUAGUUUGAGGUUUUCUUUUCUAACAUCUAACAGCACACAACACCCAUUCUUUUCUAAGCCCCUCAGACUGGUGGCUUUGUGUUCUCUGAAGUAGGUUUUGACUUACCACAGCUUAACAGGAAAGAGCUCUCCUGUGGCCAUCAUCAGAAGAGUGUUUAUUUUGAGACACUUUCAGAAGAGAAAUGGAAGGGGAAGCCUGGCCCCCUCAAAACCAAAGUAGAUGCUCGCCUUCAUGGACUAAGGCUUAGACAUUCUCUGGUCCUUAUCAAAAGAAAUGCAGAGGCCAUGUGUUAAACUAAAUAUAUUUAAAUGUGCCUGGGUAGAAGUUCUACUUUAGGGGCUCUUUUUCUUACCUAAUGUGAUAGGUUACAAUGACCUAGAAAAUGGGAGGUAGAACACAUCAUUUAGGGUAUUUGUACUCAGCAGUGAGCCCAGCUGAGAAGUGACCCAGCCUUUGGUAGAGCCAGGGACCUUUAGGGUUUACCUAGAAACCCACCAGACUUGAUCACAUAGGCAGCUAAGCAGGCAUCUUCUUCCUUAUGGUUCAUUUAGAAAGCAGCAGAUUAUCAUCUCAAUGCUGACCUGCUCACCUCUGCCCCCAGAUCUGCCAAACUGUGACACAGUUCUCCAUACUUCUGAAAAUACAUCUUCAGAAUAAGGCAAUACGACUUUCAUCCUUUCCUAUUUAGAGGUUUCCUCAGAGAUGUAGGGUCACCCAUUUUUUCUAAUUCUAUAAAAUGACAUGAGCCUCAUGCUCACAUUCUAUAGGAGCUCUAAUUUUAACAUUUUCUAAAAACUGUCAUGGGAGAUCCCCUUUCUCUAUAAAUGGGCAGUGCUCUUUCUAGCAGGUUUCUUGGCUCUCAUGAAUUCUAGCUGUGGAUGCUUUCCCAGGGCACUUGCCACUCCCAAAGUAGAGUAAUUUAUUGCCUUCAAGGCAUUCCUACAAUAAUGUGUGCAGACACGGUUCACUGAAAAGUUAGAGUAAUGCAAAGAGAGAGACAGAGACAGAGACAGACAGAAAGAGAGAGAGUUAUGAUACAUACAGUAUAAGUUACAUGUGAGAUUGAGUAUUAGAUGUCACCAUUUCCAAACUCACAAAUAUCUCCUUGAGUAGACACUCAAAAUUCUGGUAAUUUAAAGUAAGCAUAUGACAUUCACUUAUUCUACCAGUGUUUUUUAAAAAAAAAAUGUUUUUAUUGACUAAUUUUAUUCUUUGACCAUUUCAUGCAUGUAUACAAUGUAUACUGAUCACUUUUUCCCUAUACUCUUUCUUAUUUCCUUCCAGUCCCACUUACCAGUCCCUUAACAAGAAAUGUGACUUUUGGUUUUGUUUGUGAUUCAUUUAGUUUAACCCAGACCAUAUACAUGAACAAUUAGAUUUUAUCUGUUUGAGCUUGGUGGGAUCACCAGUGGGCACACAACUGAAGGCAAUUACUAACCCUCUCAAUAAGUUUACUAGUAGCAAACAGUCCUGCAGUAAAGGGCAGGGACCUACCUAUAAAGUACACCUUUAUCUGUGUUUGACUUUUGUUGGUGGCCCUAGUCUUGUGCAGCCCCAGUGCUAACAUCUGCAGCUAUUGUGAAUUUAUUAUUGCAAUGGCUAUGUCUUACCCAGAUGACAGCAUUUUGUAUCCCUUCUCUUGAUCUUCUGGCCUUUACCCUCUUUCUAGUCCCUCUUUCACAAUGUUCUCUGAGUCUUAAGGGUAUAGUUUAAAUGUCUUGUUUAGGGCUGAACAUGCGUCACUUGUUCCCAGCACUUUGUAUACAUGAGUCUCUUCAUUCACCAACAUUCAUUGGGAAAAGACACUUCUCUGAUUAAGGAAAAGAGCAACAUUUGUCUAUGUAUGAUAUAAAUAUUUAUAAGACAGUUUGCUGCUGUGAAAAACUUAGCUAAACCAUAAUAUCCAACUUCCCCCACUUGGGUCUAUGAUUUCCUCCCAGUGAGGGUUUUUUGACCAGGUUUACAGUACCAGGAAUGGCUUCCCUCCUAUGGAGCAAGUCUCAAAUCUAGGUGAGAAGUUGUUUGUUACACAUAAAACAGAAGUGCCACUACAACACAAGUGGCACAUCUUGCCUGGAGGUUAACCAAGUGUCUUGUCUUGUUUUGAAUGUCUACCAUAUAGGAGAAACUUUCCUAGAGGAUAUAAUAAUAGAGUCCUUUAUGGAGUUUAUUUUAAUGGCAAAGUAGAAAAUAAGCAAUAACAAAUAAUAAAAAUGUAUAGGAACAUACCUGUUAUUGCUAUACUUCGGAGACCGAGGUAGAAGGAUUGCAGAUUUGAGGUCAGUCUGGGUUACAUGAGUUCCUGCUCUUCAGAAGAAUGCACACAAGUAUUUAAUGUCAUGUGGUAGUAAGUGUUAUGAAGAAAAUUGGGUAAUGUGGCAGAAUGAGGGAAAAUGGUUAUUGAACAGAGGGAAAACAAGAUACACAGAUGCCUAACCUCAAGCAGAGAAGUUGCAAGUGCAGAACCUUAAGAUAGAAAGUGGUUAGGUUUCAAUCUACUGUAAUUUAGAUUCAGAUGUUGGAAACUUGAUCCUUGAAGUGAUAGCUUGGGGAUGUGGGACCUAUUUACCAAGUGGUGACUAGGUCAUGAAAGCAGAACCUUCAAGGGAUGGAUUUAUUUUAUUUUAUUUUUUGCAGGACUAAACUAAUCUGUCCAGUAUGUUUUUUGUUUUUGCUCUUUUGAAACAUAUGCUCUUGUCAUUUCAUUAAUUUCUGCCAAGUUAUAGAACAGCACAAAGACUGUCAUCAAAUGCCAUCACUAUAUCCUGCCCAUAGUUAUACCCAUGGACUUCACAGCCCUUAGAACCAUUCUUCACCUUAUAAACUAUUCAGUCUGUGGCAUUGUGUUGUAGCAUUAGAAAGCAGAGUUAAGGUAACUGUAUAGAUAGAGAUCACAGGGUCUUAGAGUUGUUCUUAGUUUUUCUCUAGCUUCUUCCUGAGAGCUAUGUACUCUGGGCUUUCAUAUGAACUCCCAGAAGAACCACUCUGCUGUCAAUGGUAACCCAGUUGUCUCAAGGUAAGAAAGGAAGAUAUUGAACUCAGGGUGAGAGGCCUGGGUUGAGUCCAGUCUCUGCUACUUGACUAUGUGUGUGACUUUAAGUAAGUCCCACGAACACUGUGAGAUUCCUAUUCUUUUUAUUUUGUGUGUGUGUGUGUGUGUGUGUGUGUGCGCGUGCGCGCUUCUACCAAGACUAUUUUUUUAUUUUAAAAACUUUUUUCAUACAAUAUAUUUUGACUGUGUUUUUCUCUGGCCUGAAUUCUUACCAGAUCCUUCCCACCUCCCUACCCACCCAACUUCUUGUUACCCCCUCUCUCUAAAACAAACAAAUA